AUGGCCACCCGCAGACGACAAGGUGCCGCCGAUGCCGGUUCGGACGGCUUUCGCGAGCGGCGUGAGUUCAGCGCAGCCGUGCACGCCCGCUCGUGCCUGUUAUGGACAAGGCGCCGAAAUUACGGGCGGUUACGACGAGACCGCGAGGGGUACCCGGACAGCCGCGGCCUUGAAAAACGAUCUGGUAAUAAGAAGCGGGCGAAGAAAGCCAAGGGCCGCCUCGGUAUCCAGCGAAAGAGCAGGAAAAAGAAUCCCCUGAAGAAGUCAAAACUGAGCGGCUGCAGCAUCAUCUCUGCAUUCACAGAAGAAACGCCACCCAUCGGACAUCGGCGGCCAUUAAGAAACCAAAGAGAGGAAAGGAGCCGAGCCCGACGACGGCUUCCAGUGGAGCGACGUGAGUGGAGAAGAAGAAUGAGAGCUUGGCGAAGUGAUCGAACUGACUUAAAGCACGGAGGAGGACGAAUUAGCGAUGUCCUGUUCCAGGAUUUGGCUGAUCGACAACGUGCCCCAAGGACAGCCAGUCCCGUGGCCCACGGACGUGGUGGAAUUAUAUAA